UGCUGAAAUAAGGCAUCGAAGAAAGUUGUAAGCAUUUGUAUUCCCAAGUCUCUAAGCUCUUGAUCUGUAGUAAGUUUUUCUUUCCUCUUUUGUAAAUUGUCAGCUUGUUUCCUACUAAUAUAAGUGUGUUUUUAUUUAUGGCUGAGUAGUUCUUUUCUCUCUCUAAACCUUCUGGUUGUUAUCUCUUGUUUAAACGAUAGUCCUCAGUCCUUAUCAGAUGUAUCAUCUGUAACUAGAUAAGAGAGAAGACGGAGUAUAGUUCUUGGUUCUGUAAAACCUAUGCUGGCUAAGUAAGGCAAUCAAGCAUGAUCUGCUAUAGUAAGACCUGAAGAGCCGGGGUAAGAAACCAAGUUCUACCUAAAUACUCUUGAGGCUCUCUACUAGGUGAGGCUCACUGGUGAGUUUAAACAAUAGUUAAUUAUCUAAGGUUUAGAGUGAGUUUCUUCUAUAAGUUUACAACCCUAAGGUGUUUAGUCUUUGAAUCUAAAAAAAAAAAAAAAAACAAUUCACAAAAAUUUCCUAAAAUGAAGUAUAUUCCUAAAAUAAAUUGAAGUUUUAAUUUUUGAAGUAUAUUCCUAAAAUAAAUUGAAGUUUUAAUUUGGUAUCAGAGCCAACCGUUCUCUGGUUCUUUGUAUGAGUUCUAGUAAAAAUCUUGAUUAUCUAGAUCUUGCUUUGCAACCUAGAAAUAUCAUCACUUUAGAUCAUAAUAAACAUACUUGUUACGUAAGGAGUAAACAACUUGGUCAUCUGUUACAUUCUGAGUCACCUCAUUUAAAUACUUUAACUGAUCUACUUAUAAGCUUGGCUCUUUCUUGCGAAACUCAUCAACAAACUGUUCUGCAUAAGCUAGAACAUCUUUGUACUAUUUCUCUCCAACUACAAAAGGUUGUAGCCGAAGUUUUACGCAAUCUUGAUUAUUUAAAACAAUCAAGAAACAUAAAAACUUCUGAAAUAGAAACUCAACAAGUACUUUUACAAUCAAAAGAUUUAAUAGUAAGUAAUAGGACUCAAUUAACUACUAAGAUAGAUAAAAUACUUACUCUCUUAGAAGAACUUAAAUAUAAAUGAACAAAUUGAAAUAUGAAAAUACACACUAUGAAGAUGCUUUAGAUUACACUAAACAAUUUUCUAUUACCAAGGAAGACGGGUAUUGUAAUAGUAAUUUCCCUGGAAAAAGUGAUCAAAUUCAAAUACAACAAAAUAAUACUAUACUUGCUUUGCUCACUUCUCUUCAUUAUCGUCUUACUGUAAUAGAAACUAAAUUACUACAAUUAGAUAAUAACUUAACUAGUUCGGUAAGAUCUAGUGAAGUUCAAGAAGCUUUUUCAAAACUUACUAAAGAUCUUAGUAAUCUAUCUUUGGGAAAAAGUGUUCCAAAAACACCGCCAGUUACUUCUAAAUUCUUAACCUAUAAACCCAAUGAGUCUGACUAAAACUGAACCAUUUUCUGGUACUUCUAGAUCUGUUAGAUCUAUGGAAGCUAAUACUUCUUCUUCUUGGUUAGAUGCUAUUCCUAAAAUAAAUUAAAAUACUGCUAAACAUACUGUUACGUAAAAUAAAUAAUUUAUUUUAGGAAUAAAUUAAAGCAGAUUAUCUUCUAAGCUAAUGAAAUACUGCUUGUGCAGCGAUUCCCCCCCCCUAAUUGUCUCUGUCAAGCAACAACACAACAACGAUCCUUUUUGAAAUUCAAAACAAGGUUAUCUACUUGAUCAUGCCGUGCAUGAGAGAAAGAGAUAAUCAUAAUAAAACCAUGUCCAGUUUGACUAAGAAUAAUUGCAUGUAAAUUAUAAUAUUCUUGAAUCCUGAAUGGGCCAGAGGAUAAAUAUUAUUCUCAAAUAUCUGUAAGAAAAUUGAUCAAUUGAUACGGUAGGUUUAAACCGGUAUUGGAAAUUGCUUAAACUCAACUAAAUUAUAGAAGACUCAUGUCCGUGGCACUUCUUACUGCUGGAGGUAUUGGAGCUCGAUUGAUGCACCAUGCUGAGCUUUGAGGGUUGGUUCACCAGGUGUGCAGAAAGCAGCCCACCCCGGUUGGGGGUGUGGGGGAAGCCCCUUCAACUCAAGAUGAUUAAUGCAAUCUUAGAGAAGAUGAAUGAUUAUGUUGACGUUCUUCUUGGGGAUGUUGGUACCGGAAAAUCAAGUCUGGUGUUGCGAUUUGUGAAAGGCCAGUUUGUUGAAUUCCAGCAAUCGACCAUAGGUGCUGCAUUCUUCUCGCAAGUAGUUUCUGUCAAUGGUGAAUCAGUGAAAUUUGAGAUUUGGGAUACUGCUGGGCAGGAGAGGUAUCAUAGCUUGGCCCCUAUGUAUUACAGAGGAGCUGCAGCUGCUGUGGUUGUCUACGAUAUAACAAAUUCGGCUACAUUUACUCGAGCAAAGAAGUGGGUUCAAGAACUUCAAGCCCAAGGUAGCUCAAAUACUAUCAUUGCUCUUGCUGGUAAUAAAGCUGAUCUUUUAGAAGCUAGACAGGUCACAACCGAGGAAGCCCAGACAUACGCACAGGAUAAUGGCCUUUACCUCAUGGAAACUUCGGCCAAAACAGCAAUUAAUGUUAACGACAUAUUCUAUGAAAUCGCAAAGAGACUAACACAAGUGAAGCCAGUACAGAACCCUCAAGGAAUGACUCUAACAGGCAGACCUGAUGACAAACCAGUGGCUGCUGCUUCUUGCUGCUCUUCUUAGUCAAUAUUAUUACAUGUUUUUUCUUUAAAAACAACACUCUGAUUUUAGGAGGAAAAUGUUUUGAAGCACACAGUUUUUGAAUUUAGUGAUUUGUGUGUGAGUUUAAUGAUCACCAAUUCAUUGUAAAUGUGUUUCCAGAACUAUUUAUAAAGAAAUCAGUUCCUUUGGCAA